AUGUCAAAUAUUAAAGGAACUGAGAUUGUCCCUGAAGACUUAAAUUCAUUUUAUUCCACAACUUUUAAUUCGUUCAGCUCAAAUGUUAAAAGCAAUGUUGUUGGAGUAAACCUUGCUAGCAGUAGCACUAUAUUAGACUUCGAAGAAAGUAUAACAACAAAUACAUCGAACGAUAUUGUUCAACUUAAAAAGAAAAAAAAUAGAAAUGGGGGUUUUACAUGUUGUGUACCUAAAUGCUUUAGUAACUCAGUAAAACAUAAAAAUCUAUCAUUCUAUGCAUUUUCCAGCAAGGACAAAAACCUUAGAAAGAUAAAGCUUUACAAAAUAAGUAGAAGAGACUUUAAACCAACUUUAACUCAGAGGGUAUGUUCUAAACAUUUUGAAGGUGGAAAGAAAACUUGCAUGAACAAAAUACCAACUAUCCUACCUAAAACUGUUAAACUUUAUGUGGAAAAAGUGAGAGAUACAUAUAAUAGUAAAGGAUUGAGAAAAGUUCUUCCAAAAAUAUUAACUAAAAUAAUUAUGUUCAGGGAAGAAGAUAAACUAAGAAAAGAAGUGGCUUCCUUACAAGUUAAAACAAUUGAACUUGAAAAAAUAAUCAAAAUCAAAAAUCAAGACCAUUGCAUUGAAAUAAGUUCGUUGCAAAAGGUAAUUUCAGAUAUUAGCUUUAGAAUUGAUCAAUUUAAGCACAACACUGCACAUUUCAAGUUUUAUACAGGAUUUGAAAGCUAUGAACUAUUUAAAGUUGUGUUUGAAUAUCUUCAGCCUACAGCUAGUUCUCUAAUAUAUUAUGGCUUAAACGCAACAACGGAUAAAGAAACUGAAUCAGAAGUAAAAAAGAAAGGACGAAAAAGAACUUUAACACCUGAGGAAGAAUUUUUUAUGGUCCUAAUUUAUUUGAAAUAUGCAUUUUCAAUUGAAGAUCUAGGGGUUCGUUUUAAGUUAUUGACUAAUCAUGCUUGCCGAUUAUUAAUAACGUAG